AUGGCGACCGUCAAUCGAAACAUGUUCGGAGCGAGCAUAACUGAACCGCCUGGCGGUGCCCAGUUGAUGGCUCUGCCGUUGAACCUCAUUGCGGAGAUUGUGUCACAUGUCGACGACACAGGCGAUCUCGCCCGGCUAUGUCGAACAUGUCGAGUCCUCAAUUAUAUGGCGCUGCCACAGCUGUACCGCAGCCUGACGCUGACCUCCUACGACAAAAUCCGUUAUCGCGACGAACAACCAGAAGGAAUCGGGAGCGCUAGUCCCUUCACGAUGGGAUUGAAUGCCAUUAUUACACGAUCUUAUGCGACGCUGGUACGAUCGAUGACACUACGGGGUGAAUGGAAGGAAUACGAGCUGGAGGAGCAUGCCCAAGUCGGCCGGGUGCCCGACGCAUCGAUGUUGCUGAACAUCGCCGCACGCGCUGCCAUAGAUCGCAUGACUAAUUUGGAAAGCUUCCAUUGGGAAUUGAACACCAAAAUGCUCGACACGGUUUUUCUGGGGUUGACACAGCUGCCGAAGCUCACGUCUCUGACUAUCCGGUUCCCGUCCAGUCGUCACCCACAACCCACUUUCGUCAUUCCCGGCAUGCCGCAUUUGCGAUGUCUCAAAAUCACCGAUAUCGACCCGCUAUGCUACCCCGAUGAUAUCUCGACUCUUCUUUAUAAGAGUAGGAAACUGCGCGAAUUGAAACUACAUUGGUCGCCACGGAUGCGCGAUGCACACGAGCCUAGUGUCUCUCUGCAUGAUUACUUCCGCAAGCUGAUCGCAAGCAAGCAGCCACUGGCGGUUAAGAAGAUGACGUUCCAGAAUCUAUAUGCCUUCCACACCGAAGAGUUCAACUGGGCUUUUGAUCCGACUACUGUCGAAGACGUCACAUUUCUCAGUGGCCUUGAUGGCUCAAGUCUGGUCAACACAUUCGUCGAGAACAGCUGGCCGACAGUCCCGCCUCAUGCCAAGCUCCGCAUGAAAUCCAUCCGGAUGGAUGCAGUGUCAAAGCGGAGCGCGGAGUUCAUUGGGAAUUUCUCUGGACUCGAACGGCUAUACUUUGUCAAUGUCACAUCCGAAUCAAGCGACAUCCUCAAUUGCCCACGGCCCGGAGGAGGGGUGGUCUCAUCGGCGCUCACACCGCCAGUAUCCGAACAUCAUUCGUCUGGUGCGCCCGGCGGAACCACAGCCAACUCCCCUAUUACUUCUGCUUCUCCAGCUAGCCAGCUUAAUGCUAUAGCUAGUAUGCGAGACAUCUACCUCUCAAAUAUUACCACAAAUCACGGCGCGACAUUGCGCCAUCUCCUUCUUCCAUCUAAAUGGCCUCUCUCCACCGGGAUGGUCGCGCGACUCGUCCAUAGCUGUCCGAAUUUGGAGCAGCUUGCCCUUGCCACCGAGUUUUCUAGUAUGGACUCAUUGGGUCUACUAAUACCUUUCCUCCGGAAGUUGAAAGCGAUCCGGCUUCUCAUACCCCCACCUACCGGGCAGGCGUCAGGUGGUCCUGCAACUUCUGCACUGAAGAUAUACCCAUCUGCCCGAUUUGAUAGCAUUAAAAUGGUGCAAGAAACUUUCGCGAAUGCCAAGACUUUUGCAGAAGUGGUGGACAUCGACGACUCGAUCCUGACCGAAAUGUUGAGCUACGACCUUGCCAACAAGCAAGUUUACGGAAACGUGAAGAUUAUCAGCAUGGGCUGGAAAGCCUGGGAGUUGAAGGACUUCUACAAAGCCCCAAUACCAUUAGGAACCAAUAAAGAGUCUCAAACACCAAACGGUGAUAAUGCAUCCCCAGAGACCACCACAGACAGUUCCGCUCCCACGCAAGGUACCGACGGCAUUGGACCCAGCGCACCGUAUCAGCCUGCCGUCUCCCAUAAGUCGCCCGAUACACAAACAACACAUAUCUCUUCUUGGUCGAAGUCACCCGGCACAAGACCAAUCCUACCGCCAUCAACAUUAGGGAAACGAUCACGCGAUCUAGAUGGCUGCGAAACUCACAGACCGCCACCCUGCCCGAGGACACCCAACAGAGCCGAAGACAACGAGGGUGUUCCGGUCUACGGCUGCUACCCGCACACCUUUACUGAUGAUGGCUUUGUGUGGAAACGGCGCGCGCGACGGGUAGGAUGGGAGGUUCUACAGCAUUGGGAGGUGUGGGCGUUGGACUCGCAGGAGAUUUAA